UCACCGGGGUAACCAUCGCAUUCGCUGGCACAGAAGCCAGUCGAGUGUUCGGUUUUAUCUUUUGAACCACCUUUAACUAUGGGGGAUAGAACGUGUAACGAUUCCGAGUGGCUCUAUCUCAACUUCUCUUCUAUAGAAUUUCCCAGCGACACUUCUUUUCGCGAGUUGACUUGGAAGGAAUACGCCAAAAUCGUGAGUUACUUGUUAUUAAUGUGUGCCACAGUAGUGGGCAAUCUGGGCAUCGUCUUUGCAGUGGGUCUUAAUAACUCCAUGCGCACUACCAUCAACGUCUAUCUUGUCAAUUUGGCAGUGGCCGACCUGUUGAUCUGUCUGACUUGCAUGUGGGUCCAUCUGUGCAACGAUCUGACCGAACCUAUUUACGUAUUGGGACCUUUCAUGUGCAGUUUCAAUCCUUUUGCUCAGACAUUCCUUCUACCCUAUUUGUCGUCGAUUCUCCUGAAGAGAGCAAAAAUUCCUUUCUCGUUUCAGUGGAGCGACUUUCUGGAAAUUCAAUGUUCGGACGUUUGGCCUCACGAAACAGUCUAUUCAGAAGAAUUGGGUAGAUGCGUCAAAGAGAUAAAAGGAAAAAAAAUUUACUAUACUUUCGUCACGGUGGCUCUUUUCUUCCUGCCAAUCGUCAUCAUGAGUACUUCCUAUUCCCUCAUCAUCUGGAGGCUGUGGAUGAACAAAGUUCCUGGAGAAAGAAGUGUGGCUAACAUCAGUCUCCAACACAAGGCCAAGAAAAAAGUGAUCAAGAUGGUUUGUGUUGUUCUGUUUGUCUUCGUUCUCUGUUGGAUGCCCUUCCAAAUCAUCGUCCUCUACUCGCAGUUUGGACAUAAAGAUGCUCCUUUGCCGGAAUGGUUUGUAAAUCUGAAUUAUUUCGCUACAUUUGCCGCUUACUCCAACAGCGCUAUCAAUCCCGUUAUAUACGGAGGAUUCAACAAUAAUUUUCGACAGGCUUUCCUGAAAUUACUAAAAUGUACUUAUGGAGAAAAGAAUUUAAAGAGACCUCAAUGUUCUCGGAUGACUUUCAGCACAGCAGUCACGUGGAGUCCUUCUCACGGAAGAGGGAAAUUGAUAAAUGGAAUAAAAGAAACGGAACUCAAAUCGCCUCUCGAUGGAAAUAAAUUUUACUUUUCUCACACGAAAGAGGCGAAGCCAACCCCUAUAUAAAAUUUCAUGUCGAACUUCAGUUUUCUUUGAUCCCAGAACUGCCCUUCAACCCUUUAGAAAAAAAAAGACGAACAAUAUUUUUACUAAGAUAUACUUCUAUAAUUCAUCUGAUGUGUGUAUUAUUGUAAACGAUAUUGAAUUGCCAGCAUGUUCUCUCUAUAUAUAUAUAUACUUGUAAUUUCG